AUGGAGCACGACCGGGAACAUCUGUGCCUUCAUUACACCUCACCUGCGACUGAAUGGUCCCAGGCAUUACCAUUGGGCAAUGGGCGUUUGGGAUGCAUGGUACACGGCCGUACCUCAACCGAGCUCCUUCAACUCAACGAAGACUCAGUAUGGUAUGGUGGCCCGCAAGAUCGCACACCGCGGAGCGCCAAACAUCUGUCGAAACUACGUCAACUGAUUAGAGACGGUCGACAUCAGAACGCAGAAGAGCUGGUUCGCGAUGAGUUUUUUUCGAGUCCGGCUUCGAUGCGACACUAUGAGCCCCUAGGGUCUGCCUAUCUGGACUUUGGCCACGACGAAAAAAAUGUCAAGAGUUAUCGCCGCUGGCUGAACAUUGCCGACGCCAUAUCUUCGGUGACUUACGAGGUGAACGGCAUUAAUGUGCGAAGAGAUGUCAUCGCAAGCAACCCAGACAGUGUGUUGGUGAUGCACGUGACCGCUUCGAGACCAAUUAGCUUCAGUGUGCGACUCGGCCGCCGGGGCGAACAUGAAUGGGACACGAACGAGUUUUUCGAUCGCCUGGAGGUGGGACAUGACCAGGUCGAAGAGGUAUCGUUCAUUCAUAUGGAUGCACUUCCCGGCGGUGCAUUCAGUAAUCGAUUGUCUUGUGUGCUUGGAGUGAAAUCGGCACCAGACCAUGGAACGGUGGCAGCAACAGGGAACUGUGUCAAAGUCAACUCUUCGGAUUGCCUUAUUGCGAUUGGCGCACAUACUGCAUUUCGACACGAUAAUCCGGGGGCUGUUGCUAGGCAGGAUGUAUUUACUGCACUGCACGGGACGUGGCGGGAACUUAUGGUACGACAUGCAACGGACUAUCAGGAGUUGUUCAACCGCACGAGCCUGCGACUGUGGCCGGACCAUAGCCACGUUCCGACGGAUAUUAGGAUUGGACGGAGGGAUCCAGAAGACGCUGGCCUGAUUGCCUUGUACCACAACUAUGGGAAAUACCUGCUCAUAUCAAGCAGCCGUGCUGGCCACAAGGCCUUGCCCGCGAAUUUGCAAGGAAUAUGGAACCCAAGCUUCACUCCCCCGUGGGGAAGCAAAUACACGAUCAAUAUCAACAUUCAAAUGAACUACUGGCCGGCCCCACUUUGUGAUCUUGCAGAAUGUGCUCUGCCUCUUGUUGAUCUCCUGGAGAGGAUGGCAGAACGUGGAAAACGGACGGCCGAGCUGAUGUAUGGUUGUGGAGGCUGGUGUGGACAUCACAACACAGAUAUUUGGGCGGAUACGGACCCUCAAGAUACGUGGAUGCCCGCGACACUGUGGCCUCUCGGCGGUGUGUGGCUAUGUAUCGAUCUGGUUCAGAUGCUGCAGCGCCAAUACGAUAAGGCCCUGCACGACAGGCUGUUCCCGAUACUGGAAGGGUGCGUUCAAUUUCUCCAAGACUUCUUGGUGCCUUCAGCCGACGGGCUAUAUCUUGUGACGAGCCCCUCCCUCUCUCCGGAAAACACGUACGUGUCGAAGUCAGGAGAGCCGGGAAUAUUUUGUGAAGGUUCAGCCAUAGACAUGACAAUCGUCAAAUCUGUUUUUGAAUUGUACAUUUGGAGUGCUGGCAUUCUCGGACACCGUGGCGGGUUGAGGGAACUGAAAGUGAGGGAGAUGAUGUUGCAACUACCACCUCUGCAGAUCAACGAAGCGGGCCUGAUACAGGAAUGGGGAACACAGGAUUAUGAAGAGUACGAGCCAGGCCAUCGCCAUGUGUCGCACCUGUUCGGGCUGCAUCCCGGAGACGUGAUUGACCCAACAAAUUCGCCGGAGCUAGCCGAAGCUGCGCGGAAAGUGCUUGAACGCCGAGCUGCACACGGUGGUGGCCACACGGGAUGGAGCCGGGCCUGGUUGCUCAACAUGCACGCGCGGUUGCAAGAUGCUGAAGGCUGCGAGAACCAUGGAGAGUUGCUGCUGAGCAAGUCGACUCUGCCCAACCUUCUUGACAACCAUCCCCCGUUUCAGAUUGAUGGCAACUUUGGCGGCUGUGCCGGCGUGGUCGAAUGCUUGGUCCAAUCGUCCACAAUUCAGUUGGAGCUCAAGGAGCAAGUUGUCGUGAUUCAACUCCUUCCAGCAUGCCCACGAUCUUGGUCAAAAGGCAAGAUAAGCGACGUGUGUUUGAGAGGCGGUUGGAGAGUAAGCUUUGGCUGGGAACAAGCAAGUAUCGCUGGGGACGUUGUGGUCCGCGCAACACAUGAUAAGUUUGUGCAGGCACAGGUGGUGUUCCCUGGCGGCCAGUUGCUGUCAGUGAUGGGAAUGGGAGAACAUCGUGUGCAGCAGAGAGACGCAAGAUGA